CCAAACUUCAUGAAAAUAUUUCAUUUUGGGAACUAUUUACCGUUUUUUUACCCUCAGAAAACUUGUCCAAAGAGGUCAUAAAAAUGUUUUUCCCCGAAUGCUACAUUAGAUAAAGGGCCUAAAUGGGCCUUCAUCCCCUACUGGACUUUAGGGCAAAGCCCAUGUCAGGAUCCACCUAAAUAGACUAGAACCUGGCCACCCAUAUAAAAGCACCAACGAUAACUGAUUAUUUGCAAUCUAGGGUUUUUGUUGCAGCUGCCGCGGCGUAUUUCUCUUCCAUCAGGUCUCAAGGUUCUUCACCAGUUCGCCGAAAAUGACCAAGAGAACCAAGAAGGCUGGAAUUGUCGGGAAGUAUGGUACCCGUUAUGGUGCCAGUUUGAGGAAGCAGAUCAAGAAGAUGGAGGUCAGUCAGCACAGCAAGUACUUCUGUGAGUUCUGCGGCAAGUAUGCCGUCAAGAGGAAAGCUGUUGGUAUUUGGGGUUGCAAGGACUGUGGCAAAGUGAAAGCCGGUGGUGCUUACACAUUGAACACUGCCAGCGCUGUCACCGUAAGGAGCACCAUUCGAAGGCUUAGGGAGCAGACAGAGAGCUAGUAAUUUAGCUGCUAAUUGAAAGUUGAAUUUUAUUUAGUCUUCACUGUUCGAUAUUAAGUGAGUUGAAUCUUGGUUUCGUAUUUAGAGAGCUGUAUUUUGUACUGUUUUGGAAAUUUUGAUUUAUCCUAAGCAUUGGAACAAUAUUCCUAGUGUGGCAUGUCCCAAAUCUUAUUUCCCCAUCUCAUCAAGUUGAAGUUUUAAAGGAUUUCAUGGUUAAAGGAUUUCAUGUUUGCUA